AUGGCUGGAUAUGUGCCCAAGAUCAACCUUGGAAAAUCAAAUCUUGAAGAAACUAACGAAAAUCGCACCGAAACCCAUGGAAUAGCAAAGCCGGUGAAAACCCGUAAAAGAGGGUUCAGUUUUCGAACACAGGUUAGUCCCCAGAAGCAGGAACCCGGAACUGGGCGAUCACGUGCUUCGAGCAUUCGUAGUAUUCGAAGUACACAGUCAUUACUUCCGCAUACUCGUCUUCAUCAAGGUUCAAGUUCUUCAUCUUCAAUGUCGAAAUCUACAAUUGAUGCCUCAUCGGUUGCGCAGGUGUUGAAAUCGACACAACCUGGCUUCUCGAAGCAGGAAAACGGCGAGAAUAUAGAACUUAGAAAAGUUGACCAGACGUACAAUCCUGGUGACUGGACUGGCUUUAGAAAUACAGACGAUUCUAACGAAGAAGAUACACAUUCACUGGUUGGUGCACAGACUAGUUCCGAUUCUAUGACUGGAUCUGGUUCCGGAAAUGGCUCUGGCUCUGGUUCCUGGAGCAAUAGCAACAAACGAGAAACGCGUGGCCCCAAUUUUGGACUGUUGAACAGCCAUAUGACCAACGAUUCGACGAUGGAUUUAGGGCACGAGCCCAGUUACGACCUGAAAUCUGGCAAGACGGUCAAAAAACAGCAGAUUGUUCGCAAGUUAAACUUAUUACAUUCUCUUAUAAAUAUUCUUCUUGGCAGAUCUGAGCCUCUUCCUUCACUUGGAGGAAGACAGAUCCCCAUUACUGUGAAUAUCGGUCGUGUCGCGACGGAGUUUGCAACCACGCGAGAUCGGCAUGGGAAUUAUCAGCUUGUUGAUGAGAGAAAAGGAUCUCCUUAUUUAAACAACACGAUUACGUCCUCAAAAUAUACCGUGUUUAGUUUUCUUCCGCGGCAGUUGUUUGCCCAGUUUUCCAAGCUUGCCAACUGCUACUUCUUCAUAGUUGCGAUAAUGCAGCUUGUUCCAUCGUGGUCGACGACUGGUACAACAACCACUAUUAUUCCACUUGCUGUGUUUAUGUCCAUAUCUAUUGCCCGAGAAGGUUGGGAUGAUCUCCGGCGUCAUAGGCUUGAUAAACUAGAAAAUGACCAUAUGACAAGUGUAGUGAGUGAGGGGACCAGCGAGGUGCCUAUGAAGCCGUAUAAGGAUCAUCAGGCUUCCCGAAUGUCAAGAUCGAUGUCUGCAAGUAGAGUAAAUGCUUCAGAUUUUUCAGAUGGCAGCGACCAUGACAGCUCGGCGGCUAACUCGUUUAUGAACGAGGAUUUGAUGGCAGAUGAGGGAAUAAUCGUGAAGCGUACUCGAUGGAGAGACCUCAAGGUGGGUCAGAUCGUCAAGUUGAGUUGUAAUGAAUGGGUUCCGGCAGACAUUGUUUUAUUGACAAGCAACAACCCGUUGGGUGAGACGUUUGUGGAAACUAUGGCAUUGGAUGGAGAGACAAACCUUAAAAGUAGAAUGCCCAACACAGAGCUGCACAACCUGGCAAACAACGUCAAAAGUCUGUAUGGGUUGCAGGCUAGGGUGAGAAGUGAAGAUCCAAAUCUUGACUUGUACAAUUUUGAAGGUUCGUUGAACGUUGCCGAUUCCACUACACAUGAGAGCAGGAAGUUCCCGCUAGGUCCAGAGAAUGUGAUUUAUAGAGGCUCGAUUAUCCGGAAUACAAAGUGCUGCAUGGGAAUAGUGAUAUUCACAGGUGAAGAGACGAAGAUUCGUAUGAAUGCAAUCAAGAGGCCUCGUAUUAAGGCUCCGAAAAUGCAGAAGACCAUCAACCAUAUUGUUAUUUUUAUGGUGUUUGUGGUGAUAUGUCUUUCGGCGUUCAGUAUGAUGGGCGAAAGAUUGUUGUACCACGAUUACGACAAGAAGAACUGGUACAUAUACCAGGAGGAUGCUGGUGUUGCAGCCACAUUGAUGGGCUACAUUAUCAUGCUGAAUACUUUAAUUCCGCUUUCAUUGUAUGUGACGACGGAAAUUAUCAAGGUCAUGCAGCUGGUUCUUUUGCAGUGGGAUAUCGACAUGUAUGAUCCCGAUUCAAAUACUCCAGCUGAGGCCAGAACAGCAACCAUUUUGGAAGAGUUAGGGCAGGUCAGCUAUAUAUUUUCUGACAAGACCGGCACUUUGACCGAUAACAUGAUGCUUUUUAGGAAGUUGUCUGUUGGUGGUGUUGCCUGGGACCAUGAUGUGAAUGAAAGGCUUCAGAAGGAGGCAGAAAGUGCAGAAAGUGUAGAAAGUGCCGGUGGAGAAGGAGGUGAUGACACUAAAAGUGAUGCAGAGUUGUUCAGACCUCCAAAUGCACUUUCAAAGCUCCGAUCGGCCUCUCCGCGCCCAAGUGAAGAGGUUCUUGGAAGAGGAUCAGUGACAUUUGCCGGUCGACCAAGUAUGGCAUCUUUAAGCAGAGGCAACAUCAAGAAAUCCGGUGCCGUACCAUCUCGGAAGUUGAGCACUGCCAGUACGAAAAGUCGUGGAAGUGCAUCGUCGAGUCUAAAAUCGUCGGUGGAUCUGAUCCAAUAUAUUCAGACACACCCACAGACCUUGUAUGCAAGAAAGGCAAAGAUGUUUCUGCUUUCGAUGGCUCUUUGCCAUACGUGUCUUCCUAAGAAAGUGGGUGAAAAUGGUGGUCAGGGCUCAUCUGAAAGUGGUAAUGAGGAGGAAGAGGAUGAAGACGGUGCUAUUGAGUAUCAGGCAUCAUCACCAGACGAGUUAGCCUUAGUCCAGGCUGCAAGUGACAUGGGCUUUGUGUUUUUCUCUAGGAAAAGAGACAAUGUCACACUCAAGUUGUAUCCGAAUGGAUUCGACAAGGAUCCUGCUUAUGAGGAGUACAAGAUUCUCGAUGUGGUGGAUUUCAGUUCUUCAAGGAAGAGGAUGUCCGUCAUUGUGAAAUUCCCGAAUAACCGGAUCUACGUUCUGUGUAAAGGUGCAGAUAACGUGAUCAUGAAAAGAUUGCAGGCAAGACAUAUCGCUGAGGCUAAAAAAGAGCAGCUUUCCAAAAGCAUCACUGAAAGAAAGCAGAUGGAAGCAGACUUGGUUCUCAGCAACAGAUCUAUGGAUAUAGCAUCUGCCAACGGGGGAAGAGUGUCUGGAAUGAGUAAACCAAGAGUUUCAAGCAUGAGUUUUUCUCCUCCUUCUCCAUUUGCCGGCUCUGGUCCUAAGCUUUCGAUUUCUUCUCUAACAGACAAUGAGAAUGAAAACAGAGAAGUUCAACAGGUUCUGGAGCAAUCUCGCCGUUCGAUGAAUUUGCAACAGCGUCAAAAGUUCAAAGAGAGCAGUUACAUUCCAUCGGACAAGUUGUUGGUGAAUGAGGAGUUUGUGAUUGAGAGAACGCUUCAGCAUGUUGAUGAGUUCUCGUCGGACGGUUUGAGAACUUUGCUUUAUGCGUGCAAACCAAUUACGCAGGCUGAAUUUGAUACCUGGGAGGCCAAGUAUGGAGCUGCAAAGAUGGCAGUUAAGAAUAGAUCCAAGAAAGUCGAGGAAACUGGUGGAGAAAUUGAGGAGAGUGGAUUUAGCCUUUUGGGAUGUACUGCAAUUGAGGAUAAAUUGCAGGCGGGUGUUCCUGAGACAAUCGAGAAACUCCGGCGGGCCGGACUUAAGAUGUGGAUGUUGACUGGCGAUAAAAGAGAAACUGCAAUUAACAUCGGUUACUCGUGCAAGUUGAUCAAGGACUACUCGAAAGUGGUAAUUUUGUCGAUUGAGAAAAACACAAUAUCCGAGUUGAGCACGAUCAUGAAUGCGGCCGAAAUUGAGCUCGAUGAGGGUAAUGUUGCACACUGCGUUGUAGUUAUUGAUGGUCCCACUCUAUCGGCUAUAGACGAGGAUAUGACGAUUAUGUCUGUGUUCAUUUCGCUAGGAGUGAAGGCCGAUUCAGUCAUUUGCUGUAGGGCAAGCCCUUCCCAAAAGGCUUCACUUGUGGGCAGAGUUCGAAACUUGAAAAAAGGUAAAGUUACUCUUGCCAUUGGUGAUGGUGCCAAUGAUAUUGCCAUGAUCCAAAAUGCUGAUGUUGGUGUUGGAAUCACGGGAAAAGAAGGCCUUCAGGCCGCAAGAGUCUCUGACUACUCGAUUGCACGGUUUAGAUUUUUGCAAAAACUUCUUUUUGUCCAUGGCAGGUAUAACUAUGUGCGAACGUCGAAGUUUGUUCUUUGCACGUUUUACAAAGAGCUCAUGUUUUAUCUUACGCAGUUCCUUUACCAGAGAUACACCUUGUACACUGGUUCGUCGUUGUACGAGCCAUGGUCUUUAUCCAUGUACAACACGUUGUUCACAUCUUUGCCGGUGAUGUUUGUUGGUAUGUUCGACAUGGAUUUGCGUUCUUCAACUUUGAUUGCGGUUCCCGAGUUGUAUGCCAUUGGUAGAGAAGGCCAAGCAUUCAGUUUAAAAGUUUUCUUGCAGUGGAUAAUUUUGAGUGCAUCGCAGUCGGUGACGUUGUUCUUUACCAUGGUGUACAUCUAUGGCUUCAAUGCAACUAUGGACAAUACCACAUAUCCACUUGGAAAUGUCAUAUAUACCGCAAUAGUGUUUUUGGUGUCCACUAAAUGCUGUCUAAUUGAGACGCACAACAUCUCUAAAGUCCCCGUUAUAGCCUGGGUUAUUUCAGUGGGUGGAUGGCUUACCUGGCUUAUUUUACUUGUUGGACUUAACCUUAAUCGUCUCCCAAAGAUCUUUUAUGUGAGAUAUGGUCUUCUCUACCAUUUUGGUCGCGACCCUACGUUUUGGGCCAGUAUAUUGGCACUCAUAUUUGUUGGUCUCUUUAUGGAUGUAAUAUACCACUUCUUGCGUGGAUGGUUGCAUCCAACAGAUACGGAUAUUUUCCAGCAGUUGGAACAGGAUCCAAAUGUGAGGCAAAAACUAGAACUCUUGUCGUAUGGAUCGCUUAAACAAGGCUGGUGCUGGCUUCACCAAGAUCAAUUAGAAGAAAAUACCAUAAAGAGAUGGCCUAAAUCUCGUCGUGUUGCUCAUGAAGUCAGCUCAUUUAUGCGUAAAGGUUCUGCACACACUUCGAAGGCCACACGCAAAAGAAGAGACAUGAUGGUUGAUCCUCAAAAGCCACUUCCACAAUCUCCUAAGGCUGUUACUGUUCAUGCAACGGAGAGAUAUAACGAUGUUAUGCUUCCUUCAGGUAAAAUAGUUAGGAUUAGAAAGCAGCAAAAAGAUUCUUAUGGAGGAGGAGAUACUGUUGGAAGCAGAAGGCCAAGAAGCAGAAGCAAGAUUACAGGGAUGUUCACGAGAAAUAAGAAUAAAAACAGCAUUGUGGAAGAAACUGGAGAACUUAACAUCGAUGAAGUUUUACAGAGAAGGAUGAAAGAUUUAGAAGAGCAGUAA